AGCCUCUUUAGAUCGGCAUCCUCGCCUACUCUUCACCAUCCAGCCAAACCAACCCAAACCAAACCCUCGCGGGCCAGAAUGGCGGAAGACGGCGAAGCGGCGAAGCCCCACGGCGACGAAGUUCCCGUCAAAGGAGGCAACGAAGCCGAGCCCUCGGCGGCGGUGGAAGCGCCGGUACCGCCCCCUUCCUCUGGCCUCCCGCCCGUCUCCCUCAACAUCUGGCCGCCGUCGCAGCGGACGCGGGAUGCCGUGAUCCAGCGCCUGAUCGAUACCCUCUCCUCUUCGUCCGUCCUGACCAAACGCUACGGCGUCGUCCCCGUCGACGAGGCCUCCGCCACGGCCCGCCUCAUCGAGCAGGAGGCCUUCGACUUCGCCGACUCCGACGGCGUCCGCGCCUCCGCCUCCAUUGACGACGGGCUGGAGGUCCUCCAGAUCUACUCCAAGGAGAUCAGCAAGCGCAUGAUCGAGUCCGUCAAGUCGAGGGCCUCACCUGUGUCAUCCACACCCGCUGUUGAGGAGGUAGCUCCGGCGCCCGCUGAAUCGGCCUCCAUGACUUCUGGUGCUGGUGAAGAAACCUCAGCCGUUACACCGGAGUCUCCUUCGUCUUGAGUUCGGCCUUCGGUUGCUUCUCCGAUAGCUCGCUUCUUGCUCCGGCAAAUAUGGAUGAACGCCGGAGUCUGUAGUCCAGUAAUUCUCUAGUCCCAUGGGUACACCUUUUGCUUUUUCUGUGUCUUUACUCCGACUGCGAUAUCUGCUCCUUUCAAUGUGCGAUCUACUUUUGUGCUUAUGUUUUCUGGAUUGAAAUUUUCAAACUAUCCUGCAUGACCUGUGGUGAUCAGUUCAUGUAAUGGUCAUGUCAUCUUCAAAACUUUUUGAACUUUUGUUAGAUGCCAUCGGAAAUAUUUUCAGUGAAAUGCAUGUCUAAUAUUUUCUCA